UCAGCCUUGCUGCUAUCAGGAGAUCGGAAUAAAUUUGCGAUGACUUCCACCAAACCGGCUGCUUUCUCUCGCCGUGGUUCCCCGUCCGGGAAUGGGAUCGAGAACGGCGAGGGAAGAGGAAAGGAUGAAUGGAAGGGGCAUUCGAAGCGCCUGUGCUCAGAUUGGCUGGUGUCUUACGAGUCCAACUUCUCCGUCGCCAAAGACCGCGAAUGGUUCACAACCUACACCCCCUUUGACUCCUAUGUGCUAGACCACAAGGGUGUACUCAUGGAAGUGUACGGCAUCGGCCGCGUCACCCUCCCCGUCGAGUGCAGCGACCGAUCUGAUGACAAUCCAACACAAGGUGCAGAGAUCAUCCUUCAGGACGUUCUCCAUGUGCCCAAAGCGGUUUGCAACUUGGUCUCCAGGCAUGAUAGUGCUCUAGGGCGCCAGGAACUAUGGACGUUGCCGAGCGAGAAGGACCCUUACAAGCGGGGCGUCUUCCAACACCAACACAGAAACGGGUCGAAAUCGAAUGAGCCAGGACCAGGUCUCGGCGGCGGCGUGGAUGUCUGCGUGUACAUGCUUCCGAACAGCGGCUCACUCUGCCUACUCGAUUUGGAUAUGGAUAGACCACCGACGGGCUAUGCACUGGCGCAUACAUCUUUCCCGGUAUACACCGAUAGGAAUGGCAAUGGAUCGCCAAAGAUGCUGAUGGAUACGUAUAGCGGCGACCUGAUCCCGCUCACUUGGCCUGACAACCAGAGAGAAAGAUGGAAACGGAAGAAGGAAACUGGGGACGACAACUGCUCGCGUACUAUAGCCACCAAUACUGGACCAAGGAUCCAAAACUCGGAGCUGGUGAAAAGGCUCAUGGAUCAAAGGGCGGGACUCAUUAGUCAGCUGGGAUCGCUGGAUAUGCUCAUUGAUGACCUGCUGCAAGGUGUGACGCCAGCGGCGGCGGCGAGUGUCAACAAUAACGCGGACACAACAAGACCCAUUACAACAACGGGUUCCACAAGCAUGGCUUCUUCUCCUUCAAUUGUGACGCCAGCAGCAACGGCGAGUGUUGAUAACUCUGAGACAACACCGACACCGGCCGACACGAGCACUACUCCUUCGAUACCAGGGGCGGCUGUAGAUCACUCGGGGGUCUGCUGCCAUGGAGAGGAAGAAGACAACACUCAGGCAACUGAGGAGCUCGUUCGCACGGCGAUAGAAGAAGAGGCCAAGGCAGAGGAAGACGCCCAGUGGGAGACCCAGUCAGAGGAAGAGCUUGGGACCAUGGUGGCGGACGAUAAGUUCAGCGAGUGGUAUGAGGAGGUAAAGGAUCAGAUCAUGGCAGAGUAUGAUGACAUAGAGGAUGAGGUCAUGGCAGAGUAUGAGGACGAGACUGAGGAUGAAGAUGAUGGAGGGGUAACAGGGCAGGAGGAAAUUGCGGCCAGUUCAGAUUCGGAAGCUGGGAAAGCAUAUUCUCCGAAUUGGGUUCCUUUUUCGAGCAAUGGCUUGAAAGUUGCAGCCAAAUCAGAUUCGGCAGCAGGGAAAGCAAACUCUCCGAAUUGGGUUCCACUUUCGAACAUUGGCUUGAAAGUUGAGUGCAACUCAAUCAGUGGUCGCUACACUGGCCACGUGAUUGUUACGUUGCCCGGAGGUUGUAAGACCAAAACGUGGUCAUACGACAAAGUUAAGAAAAAGAAACUGUCAGAGGAAGAUAAAGCCUGGUUCAGAGCCAUGUCGAAGUACACGCCACACUUCUUCAAAUCGAUUGGUUACAACGCCGAUACGGAUACAUGGGAGCCGGAGAGGGGAGGGCCCGAGGACAGAGCACAUGCACGUACGCUGUUGAAAUGGCUCAGAUAUCACGCUCGUCCUCCGCUUUCUCACGGCGGAGAGAUCAGGAUCGAUCUUGAUGCAGGCGUCCUAGACGAUCACGGCUUGAAAGCGGCAAAGGAGAGACUCAGAGUGCUUAGGGCAGCAGGCCGAGACCCAAGUCCUGAGGCGAGACAAGAGCUCAAUUUUAUUCACGAGACGACACUACGGCUAAGAUCGGAGCUCAACAUGAGCUACAAAGAUGCCCCUGACGCGCGUAUCUGGAGCUACAACGAGAUCUUCGGCAAGUAUUGAUGCAGUUCAAAGCGACUGAAAGCUUGGGCGCCGAGGACUGGCUAUACAAGAGGGAAGGUCAAUCAUUGAGGGAAAACAAGUAAGAUUGUAUAUGGUCAAAAUUGUUGAGAAAGCCUUGAACAUUAUGCAAUCUAGGAUAACCAGCUUUUACACUUGGA